AUGGCGACGUACUUCACGAUCGCCCAACAAGUUUUCAGCGCGUUGAAUGGUCCAGCCAAUGCCGCCUCAUCUAAUGCAACAGAGUUCGCCAACGGACUGAGCAACUCGACCACAACCUCAUCUCCACCUUCAAUAACCGACCUUUCUUCACUAGCGACGUUCCUCUUAUCAUUUGGUGCCCUUGCGGAUUGGUUAAAACUGAUCGUUUUUGGUGGGGCGCUCGAGACGCUGCGUAGGAUGGCAUUCUCUCUUUACUAUAAAAUCAUUGCUUCAUUUUGGAUAACGGCGUCGUUUCACGAAGAGGACUCCUCGUAUGAUUGGAUGAUGGUUUGGCUCUCCAAGCAGUCGUCUUGGGAGACCGCUCGUGAAGUUGAAGUCUCGACGCGUUCUUUUGGUCUUAAUUCAUCUGCAAUAAUCGUUCCUGGGGAGGAGGACGACCUAUCGCUUUUGUCAAGUCGGAAACUCGCAUACCUCCCUUCAGCUUCGCUCUCUUAUUCUAUGUGGUACCACAGGCGCUAUAUGACUGUCACCCGAGUCCAAACCCAGACGGGCUACUAUGGCCAAAAGGAAGAGCGCUUGCAGAUAAACAUCUUCACUCGAACCCAUCGUGUCCUGAAUGAGCUCCUGCUCGAAGCGAAGAAGGAAUACAUGGCCGCGUCGGAGCACUCAAUUUCCAUCUUUGUCUCGGACAGCAACAAUUCUUGGAGAAAUGUUGCAUCGCGUCCGAAACGGAAUCUGAGCUCUAUUAUCUUGGACCCUGGUGUUGCGGAGCUUCUUGUCGACGAUGCCCGCGACUUUUUGGAGAGCAAACCGUGGUAUGCUGCCCGUGGAAUCCCUUUCCGUCGAGGCUACCUUCUGUACGGAGCGCCAGGCUCUGGAAAGACAAGUAUCAUCAGUAGCAUCGCUGGAGAACUGGCUCUUGAUGUGUACAUCGUCUCGCUCUCUCGCGUUGGCCUCGACGACUCAGCUCUGAGUGAACUGAUCUCCAAUCUCCCAGAAAAAUGCAUCUGUCUGAUGGAAGACAUCGACUGUGCGUUUUCCCAAAACCUUAACCGCGAUGAACCUUCAACUCCUGCGGACGCUCCUGGUGGUUCAGAGGGUGCACCUCCACCACCGCCCACUGCUAUGGCUGCCGGUGCUAGUACAAGUCGUAUCAGUCUUAGCGGUCUGCUCAAUGCUCUUGAUGGCGUUGCUGCACAAGAGGGCCGUAUUCUAUAUGCCACGACCAAUAAAUAUACCUCCCUCGAUCCCGCCUUAUGUCGACCUGGUCGCAUGGACAUUCACGUCGAGUUCAAGCUGGCAAGCAGAUACCAGGCAAAGCGACUCUUCAACCAGUUCUAUCUUCCGUUCGAUGAAGACGCGGCCAAGAAGAAGGAAGCGGAAAAAGCCACAGGGAAGGCAGCUGAAGAUGACGAUUCGGGAUACAACUCGGCUGACGAAGAUGCGGUGAUUGACUUGGAUCCCACGCCCUCUGAGAAAAGCGACGCCAAGCCGACAUAUUUUGGUACCUCCCAUCGGGAACAUGCACCUCAACUCCGCCCCAAGCAAAUUGCGGCGCUUGCGGAGCGAUUUGCGGAGGCGAUUCCGGAGCGAGAAAUGUCGAUGGCCUCUCUGCAAGGGUAUCUCAUGACCUACAAGAUUCGCCCUUAUGAGGCUGUUCGGAGUGUUAAAGAGUGGGUUGCAGAUGAACGGGAGGCGAGGGCAAAGAGGGAAAAAGCGCAGGCGGCUAAAAUAAAGUCUGAAGCUGAAGCUGCAGUGAAGACGGGCUCUGAAAACUCAGAGACUGUGUCCACCGAUUCAUAA